GGCGCGAGCCUGUGUGCGCGCUCCCGCGGGCCAUUGUGUUUUCUUCCUCUCUCUCCGGCUGCUUUUCUUUUCUUUUUUUCCUUGUUCUCCAUCCAGACGGGACCACCGUGGCCUUGCGGGGUUGGUAGCGACCAGCGACGGAGACGCCAUGGCGGACGAGCAAGAAAUCAUGUGCAAACUGGAGAAUAUCCUGGAGAUCCGAAAUAAGACCAUUCAGAUGCAGAAGAUCAAGUCCCGUCUGAAGAUGGAGUUUGAGGCUCUGGAGGGCGAGGAGAAGCACCUGAAGGAGUACAAGCAGGAGAUGGACCUGCUCCUGCAGGAGAAGAUGGCCCAUGUGGAGGAGCUGCGGCUCAUCCACGCAGACAUCAAUGUGAUGGAGAGCACCAUCAAGCAGUCAGAGAAUGACCUGAAUAAGCUGCUAGAAACAACUCGCCGUCUGCAUGAUGAGUACAAGCCACUGAAGGAGCAUGUCGAUGCUCUCAGGAUGACGUUAGGACUACACAGACUCCCUAAUUUGAAUGAAGAGGAGGAGAAGCUCUCCCUGGAUUACUUUGAGAAGCAGAAAGCAGAGUGGCAGAAGGAGCCACACGAGCCAGCCAUCCCAGAAUCCCUUGCUGCCGCAGCAGCGGCCGCACAGCAGCUUCAGGUGUCCAGGAAGCAGGACGCCCGCCAGACAGCCACGUUCAGACAGCAGCCACCACCUAUGAAGGCCUGCCUCUCCUGCCACCAGCAGAUUCAUCGUAAUGCUCCCAUCUGUCCAUUAUGUAAGGCAAAGAGCCGCUCCCGCAACCCGAAGAAGCCCAAGAGGAAGCCAGAUGAGUAGAUCCAAAUGAGGCGUUCAGUUUGGCAGGGCUUAAAGGCAACUGAUCUGAUCCAGGAUCAGCCGUGUAUGUUUGUCUACAUGAUUGAAACAACAGGUCUGUGCUUCAGGACAAUUUCCUCAUUAUCUAAACUUUAUUAAAAUGUCUUAGUAAUUGUUCAGAAUCUGUCAAUAGUUUAUUGAGGAUCUGUUAAUGUCAUUUUGUUGGUGGUGUUUUUCGGUGCUUUGAAUGUGUUUAAUAUGUAAUUGUGUGACUUCCGUAGUAGUUUACUUGCUCCCCUAACUGUGUAACUGCAAUAAUGCAAAAAGGAACUUGUCCAAAUAAUAUUGCUCCCUCUUGUUCUUGUUUACUGCCUUUGAUAUCUCCUCGUACUUUUUUAUGUUUGUUUGUUUGGUUUGCAGUGCAUGCCUGCUGCCAUGGCUGUGUGUGUAUUUCUUUGUGAAAAAAAAAUGGAAUGGGUUUAACCUCUUAAAUUGUAAGCUGCAGCUGUAAUGAUGUUUUAUGUUUACAGUGUUCAAAUGACCACCAAAGCUGGAGGGGAAACAGAAAAAGGCCAGACUUGUUUGCUUUGCGUGUUUAAAUUGAAUACAGUGAUAAGGAAAUAAAUGGCUGUUUUUUUACUGAC